AUGAAGGCGCUCGACACCGUCUUCUGGAAGGGGCCAGCGCAGCCAGCUUUCAACAUGGAGAGGUACCAGUACGAUCUGACCAACGGAACUCAGAAGCACACGUGCGCAUCCAGCGAGUGGAACCGGAACCUGUUUUUCACCUUCCACGGUGGCGUUCCCUACAACGAGACGUACAUCCAGGAGCUGAAACACGCGUGCUUCCGGGAGCCUGGUCUCUACGUUGGCGUCGUCGUGGCUGCCGCGGAUGACCCCGCAAUCAACCCCGUGACCAACGCUGGCAACUGGGAGCGCCUGUCGCCAGAGGAACCUUUCUUUGCACGCCUGCUGGCCAUCAAAGACGCGAUCGAGCAUGGCGCAUCGGAGCAGACGCUCGAGGGGUACCGCAAGGAUAUCUUGAAUACGACAUUCCAGUUUGAGGUCCACAAAGCCAAGGAUGAUACAGCGUGGUCCCGCAGCAUCAACCUCAGGGAGCAGGUCAUGUCAGAGGCAACCGCUGUCGGGCGCGACACGCUCCAGCGUAUCUGCGAGGCUCUGGGCAUCGCUGAAAGAAACGCCACCGCCACCUCGACAGCAACGGUUAUGCAGACCAGGUCCAAACUUGCAAGGCUUGGGGGUACCGGCGGCAAGGAAAAGAAGAUCUCUAACGAUACGUUAUUCGAGUGGUACAAGAAGGAAAUCGCGUUGAACUCGAAAGCGGAGCCGAUCACGAAGACCUUCAUCGAGUCGGCGUCGUCUGUCGUCGAUCUCACCAUCAAGUACGAACCCAACCUCGCAGCCAUCCGGAUGGCAACCCUUAAGUGGGGUUCAUCGGGGCCCUUCGAGAGCGUAUACAAGCUGAGCCUGAUUGUCUCGAGGUGCAACAAGGACAAGAAGAUGAUCAACUGGGUUUUGAACGGCAUCAUAGAUCUCUGCGAGUCUGGCGCCAUGCACACCGGAGAGAUCACGCUCAAGAACUUGAAAGAUGGUAUCGGUGGCAACAAGGGCCUGAUUGAUGUGCUGGCGUUCAAGAAAGAGCUCCGGGAGUUCUUGACGCAUGGGGAGUUUUUGGCGGUGUACAGGUCUCCCAAACUGCAAGCGUUUGUCCAGGAAGUUUUCAGUUCACACCGUUUGUACAGGACGAAAGUGGAGCCGCUGGCCGGUGACAUCGAGGUCGACAGCAAUUGGAAGGUUAGCGCAGUGACUUCCGAGAAGGCGAUGUUCGAAUUGACGGAGGGGCUCGCGUUCGGGAGGGGGUACGACCAGCAGCUGCGCUACUGCUGCCGGAAGGGCAAGUCCACCGAGGAGACGUUGGAGCACGCUGGCAAUAAGGAGGAGAUCGACAAGGUCUGGGAGUGCCAGACAGCUGAUGACGCUGAGAAGGCCAAGAAGGACGAGGAGAUCGACAAGGUGGAAGCCGAGGGGGGGCCAGCGAGGAAGCGCACGCGGCUGUCAGCAGGUCAGGAGGGGGAUCCAGCCUUGACCCAGACUUUCACCGCCUCGCUUGAAGAUCCAGGGAACAAGGGCGCAGUGGAUGCGUGGUACUUGAGGUUCGCACAGAAGAAGGUCUCCGAUUACGUGAAGCUGAUCUCUGACUCUGGGAAGAGCGAAGCAGCAUUGCAGGCAUCUAUCGCGCAAACUACGCUCGGCAUGGAGGAGGGCGACAUGACAGGCCAUAUCCUUGUCCACGCGGGCGUUACGCUGAGUGGCGAGCCGGUGACUGCGCCUCAUCUUCGUGCUGCGCCCUUCCGGAAGGAUCAGUUGGGUCGGCUGUUCAACUCUGUGAUCAGUGCCAGGCGCAGGGGUGGCCAUGACAGCGGGCGCCUCAGCCAGGGGGGCGCGUGCAUGUACUUGGACGGAGGCAAGAAAGGCGCCGGGGGCGUCAUCAACAAGAUCAUGGUCACAGGGAGGGGUCGCUGGAAGAGCGCGUGCCAGGCAGAGGGAGUCGCGAGGAACAUGACCCACAUGUUCCUCGACGAGGAUAGUUUGAAGGGCCGUCGAGCUCUGGUUCGGGGCAUUUCGUCUCUGAAGCAGCUCCAGACCGUUCACUUCUACCGCGCCAUCGACACAGUCACCCCAGAGAAGAAGCGCGCCGUCUACCCUGGCCCCAACAACGGGGACACCAUGGGCCCCAUCACCUACGAGUCGUGGGACGACAGCUGGAAGUUGCCGUUCGAGGACAAAAAGAAGUUCCUCGGUCCGAACCGCAAGCCAGCGGGUGGAAAAACUAUCGACACUGAAGAUGCGUCAGACGAGGGCGAGGGGAGCGGCGACGAGGACGGCGUCGCAACCCGCAACCACGCGCAGAUCCCCAAGCCAGAGCUCAAUAUCCAGAUCGCCGGAGGGGGCAGGGGCAGCGGCGGCAUUCAGAAGAACGUGUGUGCGGAGCCUGUGAACUGGCACCAGCUGCCGAAGGAGUUUUACCAGGAGCUGACGACGAGCUACUACGCCAAAGUAGUCAUGGAUCUGACGCCAGGCGGUGGCGUUUUCUCGCCCCACUGCGUCGGGAAGGGCAUCGGGUACCUGGGCAUCUGCUUCCAGAACGAAGAGCACAAGCAGAUGUUAAUGGCCCACCUCGUGAAGGAGUUCAUGGUGAUGAUGAAGACGGAGGGCCACAAGCACUACCACGCAAACUACGCCAGGUUCUUGGCUGGGAAGACGAACGAGGGCGAUGGCCCCAACUCCGAGGAGGCGCGCAAGAUCGAGGUUGAGGCUAAGAAGGCUGCGGCGGCGGCGAAGCGGAAGUCAAAAGCUGAGGCGAAGAAGAGAGCCCACGCCAAGACCGCUGCGGAGUCCGGCGCGGGACCUCUGGCAGAAGCGUUCGCCGCCGAGGAGGGCGACGAAAGCGGCAGUGAGGGUGCCGACGGCGGCGCUGACGGUGUCGAUGCUGGCGCCAGCGGGUCCGCAGCAGGUGCCUUGGCCAGCCUUCUGAGCAACGUCGAAUGA